AGGUGAGCGGGGUGGAGGGCUCAGCUCUGCAGCCUGCACCCACUGCCAGGGGCUGCUGGGAUCCUCAGCCCUCGUAGCCUUGGACAAGGGGGUUGUGCCUCCUGAUUUCCUGCCCAUUUGCCCCGCUCUGCCCUGGGCUCCACAAGUGCCUCUGCCACAGGUGACACCGAAUGUCACAUGAGCCCCGUGGGGCUGUAGAUGAAGGUCUGUCGUGUCCCCAGCUGACAGUGGGGUUUAUCUGAUCUGUGACACAUUUGUCAGGUGUGUUGGAACAAACUUGGGAUGCUUUUCCAUUUGCAGGUUGUGUGGGGUAGUAAAGCACGUCGUGAAUCCCUCCGAGUGUUCCUCCCCAGAACGGUGCAUUUUAGCUUACCUGCACGACCUGUACGUGUCCUGCAGCCACCUCAGAAGCAAGUUUGGAGACCUGUUCAGUAGUGCCUGUUCCAAGGUGAAGCAGACGAUCUACAGCAACAUCCAGCCCUCAAACUCCAACUUGCUGUGGGACCCAGAGUUCAUGCUGGAUUUCCUUGAGAAUCCCUCUGCUCUCAGCAUUAACUACUCGAUGCUGGGCAAGAUCCUGAGCGACAACGCAGGGAACCGCUACAGCUUCGUGUGCAACGCGCUGCUGAGCGUCUGCAUGGGCCACCAGGACCCGGGCAGGAUCAAUGACAUCGGGAACCUGUGUGCAGAGCUGACGUCGUGCUGCACCCUGCUCAGCUCGGAGUGGCUGGGGGUGCUGAAGGCUCUGUGCUGCUCCUCAAACCACGUCUGGGGCUUCAACGAUCUGCUCUGCAGCGUGGAUGUGAGUGACCUGUCGUUCCACGACUCCCUGGCCACGUUGGUGUCCAUCCUGAUCGCCCGGCAGUGCCUCUCCCUGGAGGAUGUUGUCCAGCACGUUGCACUGCCUUCCCUCCUGGCAGCUGCCUGUGGGGAUCUGGAUGCUGAGCCUGGGGCCAGGAUGACCUGCCGGCUGCUCCUGCACCUCUUCAGGACACCCCAGGUGUGCCUCUUUGCCCAGGAGACAGGGAAAUUAUUUCCUGGAAUUCGCUCUUCCUGUGACCGUCACCUCUUGGCUGCUGCUCACAACAGCAUCAAAGUGGGAGCUGUGUUUGCAGUUUUGAAAGCAAUUCUGAUGCUUGGUGAUGCAGAAAUUGGCAGCAACAAUGUCAGCUCCUUGAAGAGUGAAGAGUUUCACGUGAGAGGCUUCUUAGAUGAGCUCAAUGAGGAGGAAAUCUGGGGUUCCUCUCAUGCUUUGAAAUCCUGCAGAAAACCUGUUUCCAUGGAAAGCGCCAGUCUGAGCGAGUAUGCGAGAUACGUGCUCAGAACCAUCUGCCAGCAGGAGUGGGUCGGAGAGCACUGUUUGAAAGAACCUGAGAGGCUGUGCACUGACAAAGAUCUUAUUUUGGAUCCCAUUCUCUCAAACAGACAAGCACAGAAACUCCUUCAGCUUAUCUGUUAUCCUCAUGGCAUUAAGGAGUGCCCCGAGGGUGACAACCCUCAGCGGCAGCACAUCAGGCGCAUCCUUCAGAACUUAGACCAGUGGACUCUGCGGCAGUCGUGGCUGGAGCUGCAGCUGAUGAUCAAACAGUGCACGAAGGAGCCCGGUUCUGGGGCUGUGGCUGCAAUGAACAGCUUGUUGGAUAAUAUCGCAAAGGCGACAGUAGAGGUGUUUCAGCAAUCCGCUGAGCUAAACAAUAACUCUUCUAACUCUGGUAUAGGCCUCUUCAGUCCAAACUCUGUUGGAAAUGCUGACACGAGUAAUACAAGACAGAAUGGUAAAAAGACAUUCCUAAGUUCCUCUGAGAGGCGAGGAGUGUGGCUGGUGGCCCCCCUGAUUGCCAAACUGCCCACCUCAGUUCAAGGUAGGGUCUUGAAAGCUGCAGGAGAGGAGCUGGAGAAAGGGCAGCAUUUGGGGUCAUCUUCUAAGAAGGAAAGAGAUAGACAGAAACAAAAAAGCAUGUCCCUGCUGAGCCAGCAGCCUUUCCUGUCACUGGUACUCACUUGCCUUAAGGGACAGGAUGAGCAACGGGAAGGGCUUCUCACAUCCCUGCAGAAUCAAGUUACUCAGAUCCUCAGUAACUGGAGGGAGGAGCGGUACCAGGACGAUGUCAAAGCCAGGCAGACGAUGCACGAAGCCCUGCAGCUGCGCCUCAACCUGGUGGGUGGCAUGUUUGACACAGUGCAGAGGAGCACCCAGUGGACCACAGACUGGGCCCUUCUGCUCCUCCAGAUCGUCACCUCAGGGACUGUGGAUCUGCACACCAACAAGGAAUUGUUCAUGACUGUGCUGGACAUGCUGGGGGUCCUCAUCAAUGGGACACUCGCCUCGGACCUGUCCAGUGCCUCCCAAGGAGGGCCUGAGGAGAACAAAAGGGCUUACAUGAAUUUAGUGAAGAAAUUAAAAAAGGAGCUGGGGGACAGGAGGUCCGAGAGCAUCGACAGGGUCCGGCAGCUGCUGCCGCUGCCCCGGCUGACGUGUGACAUCGUGGCCUGUGAGCCCACGGGGUCCCUCAUCGACACCAAGGGCAACAAGGUCGCGGGCUUUGACUCCAUUGACAAGAAACAGGGGCUUCAGGUGUCAUCCAAACAAAAGGUGUCCCCUUGGGAUUUAUUUGAAGGUCACAAAAACCCUGCCCCUCUCUCCUGGGCAUGGUUUGGGACUGUUCAUGUGGACAGGAAGGUGAUCAAAUACGAGGAGCAGCAGCACCUGCUGCUGUACCACACACACCCCAAACCCAAACCACGCAGCUACUACCUCGAGCCCUUGCCCCUUCCUCCAGAGGAGGAGGAGGAAGAGCCCACCACACCUGUGUCUCAGGAACCAGAAAGAAAGCUGGGAGAGCUCUUGGACCAGGGAAAACACGGCACGGAUGACGAGAAGAAGGCAAAGGGCAGGGAGAAGAAGGCAAAGGGCAGGAAGCGGAAGUCAAAGUCGAGCUCCAGGGCUGAGGACUGUCCCCAGCCCAGCCUGUACAGAGUGCCUCCCUCCCGCUCCCCGCCGCCGAUGGCUCACGCAGCCCCCCCGGCCCUGGGGGGGUACAGCCUGGGGGGGCCCCCCCUGCAGCCCGGCUCCUUCCUGCAGGGCCAGCCCCUGGCUCCAGGUGGUUCUGGGGUGGACUCAACGGGCUCCUUUGUGAACACGAAGCAAGCUCUGCCCAACAUGCUGCAGCGGCGCUCGGGCUCCGGGAUGCAGCCGCCCUCGGUCCCUGGGAUCCCACCCCAGCAGCAGCUGCUCCAGAGGAAGCUCCUGCAGGAAGAGCAGCAGCAGCAGCUCCUGCGGCAGCAGGUGCAGGCCCGGGCUCUGCAGCAGGGGCAGCCGAUGGACCAAGCUGCAGUUUUCGCUCCGCAGGCUCGACCCCUGUCCCAGCUCCCACAGUACCUGGGGCUGCAGCAGGCACAGAGCCUUCCCCACGGAUACACCCUGUUGGGCAGCGCAGGGCUGGUGCAGCAGCAGCAGCAGCAGCCCGCUGUGGGGCUGUCCCCCGGUGUGGGGCUGUCCCCCGCUGUGGGGCUGUCCCCCGGCUGCCCCGCGCUGAUGGAGCUGCGGCAGGACCGGCCCCCCGCGUACCUCCCGCAGCAGCCGCACACCUACGGCCCCGCCGGAGCCCCGCGACUGAGCCAUCAGCCUUUGCAAACGGGUUCCCUGGUUGGAGGGGGACUGGACGGCGCCUCGGCCGUGGGGCCACACCCUGUGCUGGGCACAGGGCAGCCGCUGGAGCCGGGCAGGCAGAGGCAGCAGCGGCUCUUCCAGUGCCCACCUUCUCUCAGGUGCAGCAGCAGCAGCAGCUGGCUCUUGGACUCCAGCCCCUGCAGGCACAGCAGCCGCUGUUCCCGAGGCCGGGCCUGCAGCAGACCCCGCAGCAGCAGCAGACGGCGGCGCUGGUCCGGCAGCUGCAGAAGCAGCUCUGCAGUAACCAGCCACAGCAAGGUUACCCCACUUCUGACCGUGGCUGGGGGGGGCCCAGGGGACCUUUGCACUGAGGAACAGGACUCUGGAAAUUCAAUGUACUGCUUGUGGUUAGACAGCAGACUUGAGCUCUCUUCUUAUUUCCAUCAUUAUUUUUUGUGCUGCAGUUGAUGUGAAUAUGUAACAAGGUGGGUUUGGGGUUAUUUUUGCAUUUAACUAGAUUUCAAUGUAUGGACUUGUGGGCCUAUUUGAAGAAUGUUAUUGCAGAUUUUAUGAAUUUGGUGCUUUUUAGGUCCUGUUACUUUUAAAGAGGACAAAGAAUGCUGGAUUUAUUUAUUUAUUUGUGGGGAAAACCAGUGGGUUUUUUUGCAAAAAAAAAAAAAAAAAAAAAGAACUGCACUGGACCAAACUACUGAACUGAAAGGCACUUCAGAUUUUGGCAUGGAAGUUAAUUUGUUCAUUAAAAUGUUCACCUCUUUCUUUGUUGGUAGAACAAGCAUCAGUUCAAAUCGUGUUUAUUUGACUGUGAUUUUCACAUGCACUUUAUAAAGUUCUUUGUUUAAAGUACCAAUUCCUCUUGCUCUUAUUGUGGUAAGAAGGUGCUGAAGUGGGUUUAUUGCUUGUAUUAGAACUUCUUAAAGUUUAUAUUAAAAGCCACAAUGUCACGUUAAUAAACCUUCUGGAAGUUACUGUU